AUGAUGGAAGACACACGCAACGGACCCGUCAUUCCCAUCUUACUCCUAGGAGAUUCAAGCGUGGGAAAGUCAACAUUCUUAUCCCGUCUCUCCGUCGGUCACAAGCACAAAGGAAAAUUGCCACAGCUGCACGAUCUGGAGCAGCCGUUUGCCUUUAACAUCUCCUUAUACAACAGACCUUAUCGCUUCGAAUUCUACGACACCGCUUCGCCUGAAAAUUACACAUUGUUGAAACCCACAGUAAUCAUCCUUUGUUAUUCCAUCGCAGAUCCAGUUUCGCUUGCCAAUCUGAAAAGUAGAUGGAAACCUCUGGUAGAUACCCAAUUCAACGUCGACGAAGCGAUUCCCACAGUUGUCCUUGGUCUACAGCGCGAUGUGCGCAGCGAGGAGGACUACUCGGGAACUGUUCGCAAAGAAGCUCACGCUGGCGAAAGUGACGACGACGAUGUGGUGCUCAAUGGCAGGACUUUCACUUACCCACAGGACGGCUUGCGACUGGCUCAGGAGAUGCGAUGUGAUCGGUACUGCGAAUGCUCGGCCUUGACUGGAGAACUUUGCGAGGCGGUCAUUGAAGACAUUUCCCGGACUGCUGCGAAGACUACCACUGAAAAGGGUGGCAAGACGGAGGGUGGAUGUAUUGUCAUGUAA